AUGAUAUGUCGUUACUGUGAGUCAACCGCUAAAAAUGACACUCAGUUAGCUGCUGAACAUUUUGCCAAUAUAUUGAGAUUAGCCAAAUGCCAUAAUCCUAUGCAACGGUAUAUACCAUUUGCAACCAUUAUAAAUGUAUGCGACGCCAGUACCGGCUGCUGUAGCGAUGAAACGCAGACCUGUGCCGCAAAAACUGUCCAAAAAGUAAUUUUACAUUUUCUAGUCAUCGAAGUGACCGCUGAUGGCAACCGAAAAAGCGUUGAAUCCAUUAGUUUUGAUAAUCACACGCAAUGUCACUGUAAACAUGUUAACAGCGAUGAAACCGGUGAAGACAUUCUCGGUUCAUAUCAUCAACAAAAUGACUUUUCAAUGAAGACAUCACUACAACACAUAUCACAAGAAUCAAAUUCAAUGACAAUUUAUAUUUGCAAAAGUGAUCGCAUUUUUUAUUAUGUGAAUGAUUUGACACAAACUAAUUGGAAAAGUUUUCAAAUGGGUUUUACCACCGAUGAAGAGCUCAUACCCAGCAAUUACAUAGCGUGGGCUCUCUAUUCAAAUACAAUCAACAAAACAGGUUUUGCACAGUUAGAGGUUCACACAAAUCCAGUCCAUGAGGACAGUGCUCAGGCAUAUCACGCGGGAUUCAUUGAGGGUUAUCUGACUGCCCAACUAAUGGCAAUGCAUUGGAGAAAUCAAAUUGAUCUCUAUUGUGAUAACAAUCAAAAAUAUUGUAAACGUAUGUUUAAAUUUUUAGACAAAAAUCUUAAUAUAACUCAAGAAAAAGCAAAAGCAUUACGAAAUGAAAGUAUUUAUUGGCAUCAAAUCGGACUUAUUUUUGAACAAUUAACGGGUCUUCAAGAUGGCUAUAAUGUUAAACUUUGGUCUCAUAUACCCGAUAAGCCCGGAAUGCAUGUCGACUCUAAAGGAAUGAUAUCAUUGUCUAUAAUUCCUGAGUUAAAUGAAUUUGAGUUAAUCUUAAAUAAGACAAUCAAACACAAGACUCGCGACGGUUCGUGUUCUGCAUUUGUUAAACCAUUACCCGAUGGAAGUGAUCUAUAUGUAGCUCAUAAUACAUGGGUUUGGUAUAGUAUGAUGUUAAGGAUAUUCAAAAAAUAUGAACUUAAUUAUCGCAAACUACCCAAUGAUAAUGAGAUUAUUCCGGGACGGGUCAGUGCAUUCUCAUCAUAUCCAGGCGCUCUUACAUCAAUCGAUGAUUUUUACAUAUUAUCAUCGGGACUGGUAGUCCAGGAGACAUCCUUAACAAAUAUUAACUCUAAUCUAUGGAAAUAUAUAAAACCUGAAAAAAUUGUUUUAGAAUUUGUAAGAAAUCUAGUGGCCAACCGGUUAGCAGAAUCGGGCAAACAAUGGACAGAAAUAUUUGAACAAAAUAAUAGCGGCACAUAUAAUGACCAGUUUAUGAUUGUCGACUAUAAACAGUUCAUUGAGGGUUUACCAACUGACCAACUGUCCAAUGAUUUGUUAUGGGUUUUGGAGCAAAUGCCAACAUUUGUCAAGUCUACUGAUGUGACGGAUAUACUCCGACAAAAAGGCUAUUGGGCCUCAUAUAAUGUUCCCUAUUUUGAGGAGAUUUUCAAUUUAAGUGGUUAUAACAAAUUGGUUGAACUUCACGGUGAUUACUAUUCCUAUAAUAACACUGCCAGAGCUCUUAUCUUCAAAAGAGAUCAGUCAAAAGUGAGAGAUUUGACAACAGUUUACAGUCUUAUGAGAUCUAAUGACUUUGAAAAUGAUCCGUUGAGUCGUUGUAAUUGUGUGCCGCCUUUCACUGCCGAGUACGCCAUCUCCGCACGCAAUGACCUCAAUGAGCCCAACGGUAUCUACCCUUUAGAGGCCAUAGGCUUUAGAGAUUGGGGAGCUAUUGAUGUUAAGAUUACCACAAGUGAAAUGUGGAGACGUUUCGAGAUGUUAGUCGUAAGCAGUCCUUCAUAUGAGAAACAUCAGCCGUUUCAGUGGUCGACUACUAAACUACCUAAAAAUAUCAGACAUGAGGGCCAUCCCGACAAGUGGGCGUUUCCGCCAUAUUUUAUUAGAUGGUAUCCAUUUGAUUCCGAAUUGGCCGGCGUGAUAAUCAAUUCAAACCAAAUGAGAUGUCAAUUAUGUUAA